CGCGACUCCAAUAAUUUCAUCUCCCCACAUCUUAGACGAAGCCAUCUCAACGUCACCCAUCUUUUCUAAUUUUGUUCCCGUACUCUGAUCAUGCCGGCGCCCGGGGAUGACCAUGGCGAUGGAGGCUCCGAUGAAGAUGCAAUACGAGCCCCUGGUCGAUCCAAAGCCCGACAGGCAAACGACCAUGACUCCGCUCGAGACUUUGAAGUCACCCGCACUUGGGAUCUGCUCACCGAAGCCGCAGAUGGCACAAUCACUGGUGCAGUUGAAGGAUUGUUGGAGGCAGGUAAGAGGAAGAGACUGCUCAAAGAUACCACCCCUCUCCAACGAGGCAUCAUACGCCACCUCAUCCUCAUCCUCGACAUGUCUCUGGCCAUGAAUGAAAAAGACCUUCGACCGACCCGCUACUUGUUGACUCUCCUCUACACCGAAUCGUUCAUUCGUGAAUACUUCGAACAAAACCCCAUCUCCCAACUGGGCAUAGUGGGCAUGAGAGAUGGAAUUGCUGUCCGGGUCAGCGAUAUGUCAGGAAAUCCCAACGAUCAUCUCACUGCCAUUCAGCGCAUUCGAAAAGAAGAGCCCAAGGGAAACCCGUCGUUGGAAAAUGCCCUCGAAAUGUCCCGGGCCGCCUUGUUCCACGCCCCCAGCCAUGGCACUAGGGAAAUUCUACUUGUCUUUGGUGCUCUGCAUUCCUCCGACCCAGGCGAUAUCCAUAACACCAUCAAUCACCUUGUCAUGGACAAGAUCCGUGUUACGGUACUAGGAUUGGCAGCUCAAGUCGCCGUAUGCCAGGAGCUAGUACGAAAGACCAAUAAUGGGGACCCCUCCAACUACGGCGUUGUCCUUCACGAACAACAUUUUCGAGAACUCAUGAUGGCCGUCACAACCCCUCCUGCGACCACUGAAAAGACGAAAUCCGCCAGCACUCUCCUCAUGAUGGGAUUUCCUUCACGCACCGUCGAGGACCAUCCGAGUCUCUGUGCCUGCCACACCAAACCCAGUCGAGACGGCUAUCUCUGUUCGCGGUGCAACACCAAAGUAUGCAACCUGCCUUCGGAAUGCCCUGUGUGUGGACUCACUCUUAUUCUUUCCACUCAUCUCGCCCGUUCUUACCACCACCUGUUUCCUCUUGUGAAUUGGAUUGAAGUGCCAUGGUCACAGGCCAGAAGAAGCACUGCUUGUUUCUCCUGCCUCAAACCCUUUCCACCGGUGCCGCCUAAGGAAGAAUGGACCCAACCAAACUCCAACAGCAGUCGGUACGGAUGUCCAGUCUGUCAUCGUCACUUCUGUAUUGAUUGUGACCUUUUCGCCCACGAGGUCGUCCAUAACUGCCCUGGAUGCCAGAGUGCAAGACUGUCCACAACCUUAAUGGGCGAGACCGAGAUUCCUCAGGAAGAUGGCUCUUCGAAAAGCGGGCCCCCAUCGAGGAACCCUAUCGAAAAUGGUGGCGCGCAUAAUCAACAAAUGCUAAUAGAUCCUUGAGAUAUCAAUGAUUAGCCUAAGCCACCGACUCUGCAUCAGAACGACCAGAAUUGAGACUGGGGCAUUAUUCUAUCACCUGGAAGCUCAAUAGCGCCAUUAUCAUAUGAUGACGUUUCUGAUCACCACGGAGCUCUGACAUCCCAAUUACAUUCCCUUUCCCAACAGAAUGAACUGUCCUGCUUGCGGCCGAAAUGAGGGAGGCACCGGGCAACGUUAUCGUGAUCUGAUGGUAUGAGGGAGGAUAGGUCAAGAAGAAUAUAAGUGGUCUCUUCACAGAACUGCCGAUGCCGAGCAAGGAAAGAACCACAUGAAGCCAUCAAAAAAAGAUCAAACACAACGAGACUUCUGGGACUCUUAUGCUAGGGAUUAAUAUACCCCUGACUCAUCUAAUUCAACCACGAAUAUCCACGCGGCUAUACGAAAGAGGUCCGGUCAUGUCAACAUCCACGGGCUGGUGGUUGACCCCGUCCCCAACAGACAAAGGAGGAUCAGAAACGCUACAGAAACGAUGGAAGGAAGCAAGUCAGGAAGAAUCGGAGAGAUGAAGAUGCCAAUUCUCGCAAUGACAAUCAUAAUGAUGGUCAUCGGCAGCUGCAGCAAUAGCAAUCGCACUAUUGAUAACGUGAGAAGCAAAAUCCUAAUGUGAAUCAGUC